UCCUGCUCAGCCGCGGAGGACCCCGGUCUCCGCGCUACCGAGCCAGCCUGCUCCCCGAUGCUGCGCGCCCUACCCCGCGCGCUGCGCCUCUGGCGCCCCUGGAGGUCCCCGGGGGCCCGCGACUGCGCCUCCAGCGCGACGACCAGGACACCCGAGAUCCUAGUGCAGGCGCUGACAGGUCCGGACCAAGGAAUCACUGAAAUUCUGAUGAACAGACCUCAUGCCCGAAAUGCCCUGGGGAACGUCUUCGUCAGUGAGCUGCUGGAAGCUCUGGCCCAGCUGCGGGAGAACCAGCAAGUCCGCGUCCUGAUCUUCCGAAGUGGAGUGAAGGGUGUGUUCUGUGCAGGUGCAGACCUGAAGGAGCGGGAGCGGAUGACUGCUGAGGAGGUGGGGUUCUUUGUCCAGCGGCUCCGAGGCCUGAUGAGUGAGAUUGCUGCCUUCCCUGCUCCCACUAUUGCAGCCAUGGACGGCUUUGCCUUGGGCGGGGGCCUGGAACUGGCCCUGGCCUGUGACCUCCGAAUAGCAGCUUCCUCAGCUGUCAUGGGGCUAAUUGAGACCACCCGAGGACUUCUCCCAGGAGCAGGGGGGACUCAGAGGCUGCCCCGCUGCCUGGGCGUGGCCCUAGCAAAGGAGCUCAUCUUCACGGGCCGGAGACUGGAUGGGAUGCAGGCCCAUCAGCUGGGCCUGGUAAAUCACGCUGUGGCUCAGAAUGAGGAGGGUAAUGCUGCCUACCACCGGGCACUGGCACUGGCUCAGGAGAUCCUGCCCCAGGCUCCCAUUGCUGUGCGACUGGGCAAAGUUGCCAUCGACCGAGGAAUGGAGGUGGACAUUGCAUCAGGGAUGGCCAUUGAACACAUGUGCUAUGCCCAGAACAUCCCAACCCAGGACCGGCUGGAAGGGAUGGCGGCCUUCAGGGAGAAACGACCCCCAAAAUUUGUUGGCAAGUGAUCCAGUUAAUUUUAAACGCACACCAUAAAAGAACAGGAUGCAGAGGAAAAGUCUGCAGGCUAGCCCUCUUAAGCUCACCUCUUAAGCCCUCAGUUUCUUCACAAGAGCAAUGACAGACACUGUGACUGGCGCUGACCAUGCCACCCACUGCCACCUUCCACAUUGCUCACCUUGGCUAGUCAGUGGGACCCAGGCCUUCCUGGUUCCCUUCACUCAAAGAAGCUCUGAUCGUCAUGGAACAGUGAGAAGGAAGUCACAGAACAAAUCCAUCCAGGUUUAUCUGAGCAAGUGUCAGCAGCCAGUUCAGAGAUCCCAGCUCUCUGCAGAUAACCCGGUGGAAAUUCUGGACAAACCAUUUAACUUCUCUAGAAUUCAGCUUUUUUAUCUGGAAAUAAUCAGUUGCAAUGACUUAAAAUCCUUAUGUUCAAUAAACAUGCUACAGCCAUUAGCUUGUUCUGAAACUGUGGGGACCUUCUGCAAACAGCAGAAGGGCAGGAACACUGACAAAGGUUAGCAGCCCUGAAAGACGGGAUGGGGAUUCGGGGAUGGAGGACGAGUGGUUUGAACUGGCAUGAGCAGAGGUGGGCUGAAAGGUGCCAUACUUGAAAAAUAAAGGGGAUACAGGGCCAGCUCCACGCAGGCCCCUGCGUACCUAAAUGCCUGCCUCCUCUCCUAUUCUACUAAGGACAAGCUUGCCCUGGAGCCACAGAAGCAUGGCUUGCAGAACACACCAGCCUUACCAUUGAUUUGCUGCCUAAACAAAUACCAAGCUAUGUCUGCAUCCCAGAAGGGAGAAAAACACGGAUUCAGGGCCUUAGCAUCAGCCCACCCUCACCAUCUUCCUGAUCUAGACUACUGGAAAAGAAACCAAACUUGAAGGAGUGCCUGGUAGGGAGCUGGACAACACACCUUGCACACCUUCCCACUAGCAGAGGAACACAAUGUUCCUAGGUACUAGAACCCAGGCUCAGAAACUAAACCUUUUUAUGGUGAACACACAGCAAUGUGAGUAGAGUGUGCAGUUUAUUGACAUGAUCAUAAAUUCUGCUUAUCUGAGACAGUGGACAAUAGAAGCAAGGUGGUAUGUAGGCAAGAUUAGUUUGAACUUGAGAUCCUUCUAUAUCUUCUGUCUCAGGGCUGGGGUUAUAGUUUAGAAUGUGGCUUAGAAUUGCUAAGAAUGAGUUUCUUCCUGAAUUGAUGCUCAAAGAGGGCUUAUGGUACUACCCCAGUUAAGUCUUGGCCAGAGGCCAGAAAGAUGACUCAGCAGGUAAAAGUGCUUGCUACUCUUGCAAAGGAGCCAAGCUCGGUUCCCAGCUCCCAGCUGACAACUGCCUAUAACUCCAUCUGCUGCAGAAUAAUCCUUCCAUAUACUGAAUAUGUAUUACUCUCACUGGUUAAUAAAGAACAAGGGUAUAAUCUGGAGUCAUCAGCAGACACAGGGAACAGGAAAUGAACAUGCCAUGCUAAUAAAGGUACCAACACAUGGAAGAGCAUAAAUACAGAUUAUGAGUUAACUUAAAAUAUAAGAGCUAGUUAGUAAUAAGCCUGAGCUAUUGACCAAGCAUCUGUAAUUAAUACCCUCUUCUGGCCUCUUUAAGCAUUCGCCCAAAUGUGUAUAUGGACACACACAAAUUUGCAUGCAUAGUAAGAUCUUAAGUCUGGGCCAAUACCAAGUCUCUCUGAGGUCUUUGUUCCUGGUCUGCAGGAGUAGGACCAAGCCUUUUUUGCAGCAGAAAAAAAAAAAAACACCAAGAUACUCAAUAGAUAAAUGUUGACAACUGAUAAACGCCAACAGUUGG